AUGUCUCAAACAAAUGGCAUGGCAUUGCUGUCCAAUGAUUUCGGUGUGUUCCUGUCGGUGCACCAGCAUCGCGAUAACAUUUCCGUGGCAACCGACCAGCCUCCUCCCGGACCGCCUGGACCUGGAGGACCAGGACCAGGACCACCUGGUGGACCUGGUCCCAAACCGCCCCCGCUUCGCCCUGAGCCCAGCCUGGACAAUGCCAAACUGGUUCAGCAGCUGGAGGCUCUCCUUGGAAUCGUAGAGGAGGACGUGACUGCUGCUGGUGAAGGUUUGACAGGAUACCUUGGAAGCACGCUUUACUACUCGAUGAAGAAGCUUGCGGACCUAGACGUGUUCGCUGUCGAGGUUGACGACAAGAUCGAGUUCUUGGAGUCGGUGCAAAAUUUGACGGAUGAGGACACCGAGGGUUUGCACGUCAAAGUCGCAGAUCUGAACGUCAAAGUUGCGAACUUAGAAGGCCAGGUCUCUACCCUUGAAAAUCAGCAGGCCGGGCUCCUGGAACAAAUGGCCCAGAUGCAGCGGGAGAUGGAGUGCCUGGCGCUCUGGAUUCCGCUGCGGAGGAACCGGUGCUUGCAGGCGGUGAGAAAGUCGGCAACGCCUGAAUCUGCGGCAAGCAGGUCGGAAGCUGUGAGCACUGAAAAGAAGGAGAAGGUCAGUUCUCCUGCGCUUGUCCAAGAUGCGGCGCAAGAAUCCAUGAAGCGGCGCGAGCGUCGAGGGGAAGCGAGAGCCUUGCUGAACAAGCGCAUGGCGCAGAAAGGCGUCAGACGAGUGUGGCACCGUGCAACUGACAGGGAGGUGGCAUUGGUGAACGCCCGGGCCACGUCCGGUUGCACCACGAAGCUGCCUUCAAUUUCAAUUGACAUCGACAGUGGACUUAACAUCUUCUUCGGCUCCACAAACUGCUGGAGCCUCAGCCUCAAUCUCGGGAGCGUGAAGAAGGGGUGGCCUACUCUGAUUGAGCGGGUCUUUUGGAUUGGCGAGUACUGCAAUGGAAAAGGAACGUUCGGGUGCAUCACUGACUAUGUUACCGAGCGCAUGCCCAUUAUCAAGGACAUGAAUUGUGAUGACGGUGAGAACAUUUUCCAAUGUCUCGCGGACCUGAUUCAAAGCAAACUCCCAAUCAUCCAAGACUGUGUUGGCGAGAGCGACGUGUUCCAGUGCCUUUCAGACCAAGUCAAGUCUAAGCUCCCUAUCAUCAAAGAUUGUGGGGACGACAACCCAUUUCUGUGCAUCGCGGACCAGGUGAAAGGCAGCCUGCCAAUCGUCAAGGAUUGCGCUGACGAUCAGAAUGUCUUCCAGUGUGUUGCAGACAAUGUGAAGAGCAAUCUUCCCAUCAUCCAGGACUGCCUGGACCCAGGGGAGAACGUCUUCUUGUGCGUGGGAAACAAGAUUCUGAGUGAUGUCCCUAUCUUCGAAAUCAUGGGGACGUUCAUCGGUGGAAUCAAGGACUGCGUCGACGAGAAGACAGGCGGAAGUGUCGCAGAGCUUGCUGCCAACGGGGGCAUUUACACCAUCACCUGCUUGAGCAAUCAGUUGGCAUUGCACGUGCCUUUCCUGAGCUCUACUGCUGCUGUGAUGGAGGGGGUUUCUGAUUGUGUCGCCAACAAUAACAACCUCUUGAUCACCGUAGCUGGCGGGGGCAGCGCCGUGACCUUCGGCUGUCUCGUGGCUGAGAUUGUGCAAGCAGUGCCCUUCCUGAAUAAGACCUGGGAGAUGAUCAACCCAUGUGAGGCCAACGAGAACAUCUUCCAGUGCUUUGGGGAGAUGCUGCCAGUUGUCGGGCCCCUGGUCGCGAAUUGCAACAUCACGAGCUUUCCCGACGUCUUCUCAUGCAUCGGGCAGUCGCUUUCGCAGAUCCCACCUUUCAACCUUGUUCAAAACGCCAUGAGCAUGGCCAAAGACUUCAUCCCGUUUGUCCUCCGACAAUCGUUGCAGAUAUUCAUUGACUUGACCAAGACCGUAAAUGGCUUCGGGGCGUCCGUGCUGCAGCAAUCUAGCAGGGAAUCGCCACAUGUUGCCCAUGAUGACGGCCACGCAAAGAUGGCCGUCUUCCUGCAGAACGCGCCGCCAGGCGCGCCGGCAGCCGCGCGUGGGUCUAAAGGUCGCCGACACUCCUUGCUGCAGGAGCGGCAGAAAGCCCCGGUCGAGCUCGUGCCUCAGAAGGACGUAGACCGCAGCGAGCAAAUUGUGGACACCACUUGGGAGUUUGAUUAUAGUCGACUCGGAGAUCUGCAGCGCACUCAGCUUUUUACGCAGUUUGCGGGUGAGGAAGAGAACACCCAAUCCUGCUUGGGCUACGCCCCGUUCAGUGCCGACCCAUCAGAUGUGAAGACAACUGAUUGGCAGGCAGCGGGAAGCUCCGGCACGGAUGCGUUCAUUAAGCUGCAAGCGUAUGCCAUGCCGUGCGGUAUGGACUUCUACAAAAACGACAACAGCUCAUGGAAAGGCUAUGCCACGUACACCAGGCCGUUCUCCACAGAGAGAUGCAUUGCCUAUUCGUGGACAUUCAAUGCGAUGGCCGUGAACUUGAACGUGCCCGUUCUCGACGAGUUUGUCUUCUCCUUGCCGAAGCCAAACCUGAAGUUCGAGGUUAUCUUCUGCUUUCCAAACUAUGGCUUUCUGGCAUGGUAUGGUGCUGAGCUUUCGCAGUGGGAGCUGUCCAUCACCAUCUUCAGCACGGAGGUGCUUCGCGUCAAGUAUCGCUUCUUCUCCUACGGCGCGGGAAUCGACCAGCGGACGCAGGUCACCACUGCUAAAGGAAUGGGGGCCAGCAAGGACAUCAUGUUUGGCAACUUACGGAGCCUGCUUCAAGAGAACAACACUGUGAACAGCAGCCAAAGCAAGCGAGGCAAAAGCAAGCGCCAGGGACACUGGCAUCGGAACCUCACGAUGCGGACCCUGCGCAUGGAGGGCACGCGCCCGGUGGUCGACGAGGUCCUCCAUGGCUCGCGCGCCCAGCGGAAGCUGAGAGGUCGCAGCUUCCACGAUCGGUUCCGCCGGAUGUCGCUUUCACAGGUGAGCGCGUCGGAGGUUUUGCAACUCGUGAGUUUCCACACGGACGGAAUCUUGCCAGACUCUGUUAGCGACCUCCUCGGUGUUGGCAUGGGCCUGACAUUGGACAAGGGGGUGAUCAGCCUCGGCAUGGAUUUUCGGCUUAUGGGAUUUGAGGAGGAGGCGCCCUUCGACGGAACAGGUGGAGACGUCUCUCCUCAAUUUCUCAGAGAUCGUUCAGACGAUCCUCGAGGGGGUCCUUCCAGACGACGCAGAGACUGA